GAUCUGGUGGAGAAUAAGACUUGAGUUUUGAAGUGUUUGAGCAACUUGCUACUGCUCGAGUCAUGACGCUCCCAUUUCGAAAGGACUUGGACAAGUACAAAGAUCUGGAUGAGGAUGAAAUUCUUGGCAAACUUUCAGAAGAAGAAUUGAAACAAUUGGAAACUGUUUUGGAUGAUCUUGACCCUGAGAAUGCACUGCUGCCUGCAGGCUUCCGACAGAAAGACCAGACUGCUAAAAAGGCUUCGGGUCCCUUCGACAGGGAACGGCUCCUGGCGUACUUAGAGAAGCAGGCUCUUGAGCACAAAGACAGGGAAGACUAUGUGCCUUUUACAAGAGAAAAGAAAGGGAAAAUAUUUAUCCCCAAGCAAAAGCCUGUACAGUCUUACGCAGAAGAAAAAUUCACUCUUGAUCCAGAACUGGAGGAAGCCUUGACCAGUGCCACAGACACAGAAUUAGGUGACCUUGCAGCUAUACUGGGAAUGUCCAACUUGAUAACAAACAAUCAGUUCUGUGAUGUAGUAGGAAGCAGUAAUGGGGUUGACAAAGACAGCUUCUCAAAUAUAGUAAAAGGUGAAAAAAUGUUGCCUGUUUUUGAUGAGCCACCAAAUCCCACAAAUGUAGAGGAAACUCUGCAAAGGAUUAAAGAUAAUGAUUCUCGUCUUGUUGAAGUUAAUCUAAAUAACAUCAAGAACAUACCAAUUCCAACACUGAAAGAAUUUGCAAAAGCCUUAGAAACCAACACGCAUGUGAAGAAUUUCAGCCUUGCGGCCACCCGAAGCAAUGACCCUGUUGCUGUUGCUCUUGCAGAUAUGCUGAGAGUAAACAGAAAAUUAAAAAGUUUAAACAUAGAAUCAAACUUCAUCACUGGAGUUGGAAUUCUGGCACUGGUCGAUGCACUGAAAGACAACGAAACAUUGACAGAGAUCAAAAUUGACAAUCAGAGGCAGCAGCUGGGCACAAUUGCAGAAGUAGAAAUUGCCAAGAUGCUCGAAGAAAACACCAAGAUCCUCAAAUUUGGAUACCAUUUCACACAACAGGGACCUCGAGCCAGGGCAGCUGCAGCUAUCACAAAAAAUAAUGAUUUGGUUCGCAAGAGGAGGGUUGAAGGAGACAUCUAGCAGAUCUUCUUGUCAGAACUGUAUGGAGAUUUCAAGGGUCGUCCACACACGGUCAUCACUGUGGGCUUUGGCAAUGUUGGACUACAUUUACCUGGGUUAGAAGGGAAAAGACUGGAAACCCCAUUCCUUUUAAAGCAAAGCUGUGUGAAUAAUCUGCUGGUAUGCUUCACGUUUUUCAGAUUGAGACACAGCAACUGCACCAGUUUCUGUACCACAGUUUUUGAUUGGGUUUUUUUAAGACUUUUUUUGUAUUUCAAGACUUUGGCAGUGCUUUCUACUAAAAAUGUAAUUGCAAAUCAAUGUUAUAAUUGUUUGUAGUCAAAGAAUGGCACAUUCAAAAUCACUAGUCAGAUAAUGACCCAAUUGAAAUGUUUGUUAGAAAAUCUGGGG